AUGCCAAUGCCACCGCCGCCGCCGCGGAAAGACUUCCCAGCGUUCCCGUUCGCGCCGUACCCGAUCCAGUCGGAAUUCAUGUCGUUCCUCUACGCCGCUCUCUCCUCUGGCCCCGGCGCCCUCGCCCUCCUCGAGAGCCCUACCGGCACUGGCAAGACGCUCAGCAUCAUCUGCAGUGCGCUGCAGUGGCUCCUCGACCACCGCGACGCCGCCGCCACGGCACCGGCCCUCCAGCGGCACCGCUGCCCCGGUGACGACGACGAGCCCGACUGGUUGCGGGAUUUCACACCGCUGCCGCCGGUUAAAGAGAGCACGAAGAAGAAGGUGAAGCCUCCCGCGUUGAGGAAACCGGUGGUUUCACGGAAACCAGACGGAUUUGGGGAGGAAGACAGCGGCGACGACGAGCGGGAGUUCCUACUCGAGGAUAGUAGCGAGGGCGAGGAGCUGGAUGACGAAGAGGACGAGGAGGAGGUGACGCCCAAGGUUUACUUCACAAGCCGCACGCACUCGCAGCUCUCUCAGUUCGUCGGGGAGCUCAAGAGGACGGAGUUCGCGGGGCGGAUCAGGACGCUUGAGGAUGAUGAACGAAAGUCUGCUAGAGAAUCACUUGGCCUUAAUCUGAAGAACAGUGUUGUCAUCAUAGAUGAGGCUCACAACUUAGCUGAUUCCUUGACUAACAUGUACAACUCAAAGAUCACGUCUUCUCAGUUGAAGACAGUCCUUUCCCACCUGGAUGAAUACUUUAACAGAUUUCACAAUGUUUUGGGAGCUGCGAAUCAACGAUACAUCCAGACCUUGACAGUUUUAACAAGGUCUUUCAUAUGUGUUUUGAUCAAUAAUCAAGAUGGUGCCAGCACUAUGUCUUCUAUGACCAUAAACCAAUUCUUGUUUUCCCUUGACAUUGAUAAUAUAAACAUAGUAAAACUUUGUCAGUUUGUGAAAGAAAGCAAUAUAAUCCACAAGGUUAGUGGAUAUGCAGACAAGUUAACUAGCAUCCAAAAACAGUUUGAUCUCCAGCUCCAUGAUGAAGGAAGCAGUAUAGCAUGCUUUCAGGCAUUAGUUGACUUUCUAUGCUCCCUUCUGAACAGCAAUGACGAUGGAAGAAUCAUAGUUGCAAAGCAAAAGCUAGGUGGACAACCUUAUGAAGCAUAUCUUAAAUUUGUGAUGCUUUGUGCAGAAAAGAUAUUCUCCGAGGUUACACGGGAUGCUUAUGCUGUUAUCCUGGCUGGUGGAACCCUCCAGCCUAUUGAAGAAACUAGGCUACGCUUGUGUCCAAGCUUACCACCAACUGAUAUAAAAUUCUUCACUUGCAACCAUAUUGUUCCUCCUGAGAGUAUUCUUCCAAUAGCAGUUACACGUGGACCAUCAGGCAUGACAUUUGAUUUCAGCUACAAUUCAAGGAGCUCUCCUUCCAUGAUUGAAGAGCUUGGACGUUUCAUUUGUAAUAUUAUAACAGUUGUGCCUGAGGGAGUUGUUAUGUUCUUUUCUUCAUAUGAUUACGAAAGGCGUGUAUAUGAUGCAUGGAUGACCGCAGGCACAAUUUCCAAAAUUUCUAAAAAGAAACAUGUUUUCAGAGAGCCAAGGAACAGUGCUGAUGUCGAGGCUGUCCUCAACAAAUACAAGGAGACAAUUGAGUCCUGUAGUAAAAGUUCCCAAGACACAGGUGUCAAUGGAGCACUUCUAUUAGCCGUUGUUGGUGGGAAGAUUUCAGAAGGCAUAAACUUCAGCAAUGGGAUGGGUCGUUGUGUAAUAAUGGUUGGCUUGCCUUAUCCAAGUCCAUCUGAUGUUGAGCUGAUAGAGACGAUAAAGCAUAUCGAAAGUAUUUCUAGCUCAUUUUUGGCUGGAGAUGAUAAGGCCUCAAGCAGAAAAUAUGAUGAUGAAUGUGAACUUCAGCCUGGUUAUGAUAUAUUACGGAAGUGCACUAGAGGUGGAAGAGAGUAUUAUGAGAACUUAUGCAUGAAAGCUGUGAAUCAAUCUAUUGGUAAGCUGCUUCUAGCACUGUUUAUAUUCUUCCUUAUAUGA